AUGAUAUCUCAACAGGAAAACACAGCGUAUGUUAUGGACAAGAAUACUGGCGAAGAAUUAUCCAUAAAAGUCAACACUUAUUACUCGAUACAGAAUCUGAAAACACAGAGAUAUAUGAUAUGGUUUGGCAGGAAUGGCACCAUUGCUGACGUACCAGAAACUAAGCAAGGUCGUUUCUGGCACACAUUCACCAUGCUGGCAACUAAUCACACCAAUCGUAAUCAGCACUGGUAUAAAUUGAACCACUAUUUUGGUUCACACGUGGUCAAAGUGGCCAAAACUCAUGAUGAGGAUAAUGGUGAUAAUCCGGUUGGCGAUUGGGAUGAGUUUGGCACAUUGAAAUGCGUUGAGCCUAAACCAGACAGUGAUCAUCUUUAUGAUACUGAAUUUAUUUCAUAA